CUCCGGAGCGGGUUCCACGCUGAGCCUGCGCCUCAGCCGGCUGGUCCCUGCAGCGGCGGCCCGGGACGCUGGGCGCCCGGCCCUUCGCCAUGUACACCUUCGUGGUGCGAGACGAGAACAGCAGCGUCUACGCCGAGGUCUCCCGACUGCUCCUCGCUACCGGCCACUGGAAAAGGCUGAGGCGAGACAACCCCAGAUUUAACCUGAUGCUGGGAGAGAGGAACCGGCUGCCCUUCGGCAGACUGGGUCAUGAGCCUGGGCUGAUGCAGUUGGUGAAUUACUACAGAGGGGCUGAUAAACUGUGUCGUAAAGCUUCCUUAGUGAGGCUAAUCAAGACAAGUCCAGAAUUGUCUGAGUCCUGCACAUGGUUUCCUGAGUCCUAUGUGAUAUAUCCAACUAAUCUCAAGACUCCAGUUGCUCCAGCACAGAAUGGAAUCCACCCACCAAUCCAUAACUCAAGGACAGAUGAAAGAGAAUUCUUCCUGGCUUCUUAUAACAAAAGGAAAGAAGGUGGAGAAGGCAACAUUUGGAUUGCAAAGUCAUCAGCUGGUGCCAAAGGUGAAGGCAUCCUCAUCUCCUCUGAGGCUACAGAGCUUCUGGAUUUCAUAGACAACCAGGGCCAGGUGCACGUAAUCCAGAAAUACCUUGAGCACCCUCUGCUUCUUGAGCCAGGUCAUCGCAAAUUUGACAUUCGGAGCUGGGUCUUGGUGGAUCAUCAGUAUAAUAUCUACCUCUAUAGAGAGGGUGUGCUUCGGACUGCUUCAGAACCAUAUCAUGUUGAUAAUUUCCAAGACAAAACCUGCCAUUUGACCAAUCACUGCAUUCAAAAGGAGUAUUCAAAGAACUAUGGAAAGUAUGAAGAAGGAAAUGAAAUGUUCUUUGAGGCGUUCAAUCAGUACCUAAUAAGUGCUUUGAAUAUUACCCUGGAAAGUACUAUCUUACUACAAAUCAAACAUAUCAUAAGGAGCUGCCUUAUGAGUGUGGAGCCUGCCAUCAGCACCAAGUACCUCCCUUACCAGAGCUUCCAGCUCUUUGGCUUUGAUUUCAUGGUGGAUGAGGAGCUAAAAGUGUGGCUCAUUGAAGUCAACGGCGCCCCAGCUUGUGCUCAGAAACUGUAUGCAGAACUUUGCCAGGGCAUCGUAGACAUAGCCAUAUCCAGUGUCUUCCCACCUCCAGAUGUGGAGCAGCAGCAGACCCAGCAGACUGCCUUCAUCAAGCUCUGAUGGACGGAGGUACCCACAGCUGCCUCAGAAUAAGCAAGGGGUCUGGCUUCAGGGGAAGGUGAAAUGACCGAUGGCUCACUAUCAAGCCAAAACAAGCAGAAAAGAGGCACCUUCAAGAUGGAGCGAAAGCAUGAGAAGAAAAGACAACUUCCCCAAAGAGCGAGAUGCUGAAGAUGUUUCCCAGAUCGAGCUCUCUGCACUGCUGGGAAGAUUUGAAAACUGAA